AUGGCGCGCUCCCUCCUCGGCGACGCGGUACUCUUCUGCGCCGGCGCCACCGUCGCCACGGUGCUUCUGCUCACGCUCGCCUCGCCCUUCUCCCCGCCCGCCGCGUACGUUAAGGACGAACCGUCGCCGUCGUCCUCCGCUCGUGGCGGUGGCCGCACCUUCUACGACGACCCGGAGGUGACGUACACCAUGGACCGCCCCAUCACCCGCUGGGACGAGAAGCGCGCGGACUGGCUCCGCGCGCACCCGGAGCUAGCCAACGCCGAGGAGCGCGUGCUGAUGGUGUCCGGCUCGCAGCCCACCCCGUGCCGCGCGCCGGCGGGGGACCACCUCCUCACGCGCCUGCUCAAGAACAAGGCGGACUACUGCCGCCUCAACGGCGUGGAGCUGCUCUACAACACGGCGCUGCUCCGGCCCUCCAUGGACAGGUACUGGGCCAAGAUCCCGCUGGUGCGCGCCGCCAUGGUGGCGCACCCGGACGCGGAGUGGGUGUGGUGGGUCGACUCGGACGCCGUGCUCACCGACAUGGACUUCCGCCUCCCGCUGCCGCGCUACGCCGGGCGCAACCUCGUGGUCCACGGCUGGCCCAGCCUCGUGUACGGAUCCGGCGACGGCAAGGAUCGGGCGAGGACGUGGACGGGGCUCAACGCCGGCGUGUUCCUCAUCCGCAACUGCCAGUGGUCGCUCGACUUCAUGGCCGCCUGGGCCGCCAUGGGGCCCGACUCGCCGGACUACCAGCGCUGGGGCGCCGUCCUCACGGCCACCUUCAAGGACAAGGUGUUCAACGAGUCGGACGACCAGUCGGCGCUCGUCUACAUGCUCAUGCACAAGGACAGCCCGUGGCGGGACAAGGUGUUCCUGGAGGACAGCUUCUACUUCGAGGGCUACUGGCUGGAGAUCGUGCCGCGGCUCGGCAACAUCACCGCGCGGUACGAGGAGAUGGAGCGGCGGGCGCCGGAGCUUCGGAGAGGCCACGCCGUGCGGGAGCACGCAGAGCGAGCGGCGGCGAGGAACGCGGCGCUCGAGGGCGCCGGGCUCGGCCGGAGCGGGGUGGAAGGCUGGAGGCGGCCCUUCAUCACGCACUUCACGGGCUGCCAGCCCUGCAGCGGCGACCGGAACCGGCACUAUACAGGGGACAGCUGCGACGACGGCAUGCGGCGCGCGCUCAACUUCGCCGACGACCAGGUGCUCAGGAGCUACGGGUUCCGGCACGCCGACCCGCUCAGCGACGACGUCCGGCCGCUGCCGUUCGAUUACCCUGCGGCAGCUGCCAGGCAGUAA